AUGCCGGGGCGACUGGUGUACCUAAAAGAAUCGGAAUACAAAGCCUACAAGAGUCUUGUGGCAGCUAAAUUUUGCGGAAUCAAGCUUGAUGCUGCAGUUUACAAUCCGAGUCGGGAUUCACUAGGUAAUACUAUAGUUGAUUAGGAGCACGAUUUCAGGUCAACCAUGUUAUGGUUGAUGUACUUAUCGCCGUAAUAAAGUCGCUUUUCUCUUGUCAUCACACAAAAUUUUUUUCACGCAUUAACUUUUGCAUUUGUGAUGACUACACGCAGAAUAUGCAAGGUUGCGUUUGUGGUGAGUUCACGCGUAAACGCAUGUUGUAGCGCAUUACUAGGAGCGAAGUUAUCGUAGCACGAGAAAAGAAAGUUACUCUACCAACUACAAAUCAUUGCAGAGCACAAUCCGUGGAAGAGGUUACCGUAUCUGGAAACCGAAGGAGGUGUGAUCGCCAAUAGCAAUGCCAUCGCCCGCCACAUCGGCCGCAUGCGGCCAGACACGAACCUGUUCGGUACAGAGUUAUAACGUUAUGCUGCAUGGUAUGAUGCAUGUAUGGUGGCGAGACAUCAACUUGAACCUCGAUCAUCGUGAUGAUUUUUAUCUUUCAAAACUGUUAUACUUGACACGAAACAGGCGCGCGCUUCGGGGAAGCUUGCCAAGUAGACUCCUGGAUGGAGUUUUGCACCCGAGAAAUCGAAGUCCCCGCCGGAGUUCUCGUGUACUAUUUUUUUUUGCAGAGAAAAAAUCGAUUAUCAUCUCUUCUAUGGUCAUGCUGCUUCAAAUUAAUACAUAGCCGACAGAGCAGCGGCCGAAGAACAUGCUUAGUUAGAGUAAUAUCAACGUUCUUAGCUGCUCCUGCGCAGGAGCGACGACCAUCGCAAUGCUGCGACAGGCUAGGCGUAAAUUAUCAAAAAACAGGUGGUCGCAGCAGAAGCUGAUCGCCGCACCGGAGCAGAAGGUGGUUGACUCAGCCGUCGCGGACCUGUCUCGGUCCCUGCAGCUUCUGGAGUCGCAACUCGAGAAGAGACCAUUCGUCGUCGGGAAGGAGGUAUCUUGAGUUCAAAUCAUGUGGAGUCUCUAACCCUAUACCUUCAACUUGCAUUGUUCAAAUUCCUACUGGUGCAACUGCAAGUGCAUGAUUUCUGUUCGACUAGAUCUAGAAGAUGAAGAUGGCAUGUAUGUUGAAGUAGAUGGAACUGCUUCCGCACCUCCAUGCAACGAACAAUUUUAAAGGUAACCCUCGCCGAUAUCGCCCUGGUGUGUUCCCUUCUUGAUGUGUUCAAAUUUGUCCUGGACGACAAGUUUCGAUCCGGCUUCCCAAAAGUUUCCGCCUGGUUUCAAACCUGCCUCGCACUCCCCCAAUUUCAGUCCGUGAUCGGCGCCAAAGUUGCGUUGUGCACGAAGUCCAAUUUAACCUUCGCCCCCCCGGCACGAACGAGCGGCACCCGAACGAGCGCGCAACAGGCCGCGCCGGCUUCGAAGCCAACGCCGCCACCAGCAGCCGCUAGCCAGCCAAAGAAGAAGGAAUCCGUGGUUUCCCAGCCACCACCGGCCAAGCAAUCGGAGAAGACGUCGGUCGUCAGCAACGCAAGCACGGGAUCUGCCGCACCUGCAGCUGGAUCCGGGCCCACCAAGGGCACGCCGGAGGAACUGGCGGCUUUGCAGGCGGCGAAGGAUAAGGUUCGGGAACUGAAGACCGCCGGCGCGGAGAAAGGAUUAAUUGAAGCUGCGGUAGUAUCCAGAAAAAAAAGUGUGUAAGUGUAACUUUCUUGGAGGAACAGCAUGACAAAUUUGCUCUGCAUGACAGAGAAAACCUCUCAUGCGUAGCUAGUACGUGAAAACACUUACGAGAAGAACUUCUGAUGCAUGUCCAGCAUGACGAGUGUAAGUGUCUUGCAUCCUCUGCAACACAAGUUUACACUUUACACAGUUUUUUUCUUGCAUAGGUCGCAGAGAUGAAACGGCUGAAGGACGUCUGUGGGGAGGUCGACCCGCCGAAGAAAAAAAAGAAGUAAAUAAAGAUGCAGCAGAACACGGGUCAAGCUCAAGGUCAUACAUGCCGGUGGAACAAGCACCUGCAAAUGACCAAUAGGACGUGUCUGUAGCACCAGAAGAGCACCACCACCCAAACGACCCGAUGCAAGCGAAUAUUCUCAUAUUGGCGCAGGCUCCUGUAGUGCUGUUCAAUAAUUGUGGGACAGGUGCAGGUCGUGCAAAACAGAAUGUAGCCCGCAGGUGUGUUUGUCCACAUGACAGCAUUCCAUAAUAUUCGCUAAAAACGAUGAGGACGACGCAUGUUCCAAUUUCGCACAUCAUCGCAGAAAAUAUUACGAUCAUUCACUAUCGCGGCCUGCCAGCU